AUGUGUGGAGCCAAUUUAGACGCAGAGGAGCCUUUCCUAAGCGGCAUCCCAGGCUCGGCGAUACUAGCUGCUGUACUCGCUAGUUACAUCGGUACUGGCGGCCGUAUCAGCAUUGGAUGUGUAGUUACGGCGCUUUAUCUCCUCGCAAAUAUCGAAGCUAAGAAGAAUGCCAGUUUUGCGGCUGCCCUAGGUGUACCAGUUUCGGGCAAAGGUAAGGGCUGCUGUGGGGGAAAGAAUGGUGGUUGCUGUUCUACUAAAGCUGCAGCAAAGCCUACAGGACACAAAUGUUCUUGUUCGGGAGCCAAGGUGACCAAAUCCAAGGCUCCAGUGGCAGCAUCAGCUGCCGCUCGCAGCCAAGAAGAGGCAUUUCCAAUUGCAAUAGACUUUACCAACUCGUUUAAGGCACCUCAAAGUAAAGUCCCCCCCGUUAAGAAAACACCAAAGGUCAUAUCUGGGACAGCGAAGAAAAAACAGAAAGAUGCAUUUAUCAAGAGUGGACUGACUGUUUCUAAUGAGAAGUUGCUAGCGUCGCAGAUCUACAUUUUCUACAGCUCCUUACAGGGGGCAGCCAAGAGAUCCGCGGAGCUUGUCCUUGCGGAACUACGGGAACUGAAACCUUUGGAACUAGAACCUAUCUUGCUUAACUUGGACGAAAUUGAUGAUCUGGAUAAGUACUUUGUCGAUGUGCCUUGUGAAAAUGCACUAUAUGUCUUGGUAUUGCCCUCGUAUGACAGCGACUCGCCACUGGAUUUGUUUUUAGAGACUCUCGAAGAGAACUUUAAUGACUUUAGAAUCGACAAUUAUCCAUUGCGUAAAUUAGUUGGUUACUCCAUUCUUGGUAUUGGUGAUUCUGAAAUGUGGCCGGAAAAGUUUUGCUAUCAGGCGAGAGAAGCAGAUUUAUCUAUUGCAAAGCUGGGUGGACGCAGAAUCUAUCCAGUUGGCGAGGUCUGUGUCAAAUUUGGAGGUGAUCCAAAGGUGGAAGAAUGGGCUCGGCUUUUUGUUGAAACGCUGCAAGACGAUGAGCCUAUGCUUUAUGAGUAUGAUGAGAGUGUAGAAGAUGAACUAGAUGAGUCUUCCGACGCUGCUGCUGAGGCUUUAGUUGAUCUUGAAGAUAUUGGCAAUGGGUCAGGUGGGAAUGGCACAGGAGCCCUGAAGAAGAUGGUUGCAAAGGACAGUCCAACUUAUAAAAAUUUGACUAAGCAGGGUUAUUCGAUUGUGGGAUCACAUUCCGGCGUGAAGAUAUGCAGGUGGACCAAGAAUGACCUGAGAGGCAGAGGCUCCUGCUACAAACAUUCGUUGUUCAAUAUAGUUUCGAGCAGAUGUAUGGAAUUGACCCCCUCUUUAGCAUGUUCAUCUAAAUGUGUUUUCUGCUGGAGACAUGGAACGAACCCUGUUGCUAAAAACUGGAGAUGGGAACUAGAUGAGCCUGAAUUUAUUUUGGAGAAUGCUUUAAAGGAGCACUACUCGAAAAUCAAACAGAUGCGUGGUGUGCCUGGUGUCAUUGCUGAACGCUUUGCAAAGGCUUUCCAGGUUGCUCACUGUGCCCUUUCGUUAGUUGGUGAGCCCAUCUUGUAUCCAUACAUCACUAGGUUCAUUGAACUUCUGCACCAAAAGAACAUAUCCAGUUUUUUGGUUUGUAACGCGCAGCACCCCGACCAACUGGAAGCUUUGGGCAAGGUGACGCAGUUAUAUGUAUCGAUUGACGCCCCUACAAAGACAGAGCUGAAGAGGGUUGAUAGACCCCUUUACAAGGACUUCUGGGAAAGACUCAUGCGCUGCUUGGAAUUGCUACGCACUUCCCAGGCCCACCAACGGACUGUAUUCAGACUCACCCUUGUCAAAGGUUUUAACAUGGCAGACGUUAGCUCAUACGCAGAUCUAGUGCAAAAGGGUAUCCCUUGUUUCAUUGAGGUUAAGGGAGCCACAUUCUGCGGAUCCUCAGAUGGGAACGGAAACCCACUCACAAUGCAAAAUAUUCCAUUCUACGAGGAGUGUGUCUCUUUCGUCAAGGAGUUUGUAGCCGAGCUCCAGAAACGUGGAUUGGCGUACGACAUCGCUGCGGAGCAUGCUCACUCGAAUACUGUUCUUAUCGCCCACACAAAAUUCAAAAGGGGUGAUAAGUGGUAUACACACAUUGACUUUGAGGAGUUCUUCAAGCUGUUGAACUCUGGAGCAUCAUUUACCCACAUGGACUACAUGGCGGAAACUCCAGAAUGGGCCCUAUUCGGCAAUGGUGGUUUUGCGCCAGGUAACACCAGAUUCUACAAGAAGAAGAACAGAAAGGACGAAGCAAGCGUCCGCGAGGGCAAACUAGCAUGA